AUGGGGGUUCCAGGGCUGGGGACUCGUGCUGGUGGGCCUAAUGAGAAAGGUUGCCUUUUGGUGGCCUCAAUAGGAGCUGCAAUAUUGGGGACUCUGCUGCUGUCUAUACCCCUCACUAUCCUGACUAUGUUGGCCCUGAUGCCCCAAGAACAGAGGGGACAGGUAGCUGACCCCUCUGGUCCAGGAGGACAAUUGCAGCAGCAACUGGGAUUUCAUCACCUGCCAGAGGAGUCCAGAUCAGAUCUCAGGUCCAUUCCUCCAGCUGCACACCUCAUAGGUGUCCCAAAACAAUGUCAUGGGCUUUGCUGGGAGUCAGAGAACGAGGAAGCGUUUUUGCAGAGUGGAACACAAUUCUUGGGGGAUGAAGGGCUGGCCCUUCCCCAAGAUGGAGUCUAUUUCCUGUACUGUCACAUCGGGUACAGGGGCCGAGCUCCCUCUGCUGGAGAACAACCCCACUCUCAUCAUCAUGCUGGGGAGCCUGGAGUCUCUGUAAUCCUCAGUAGUUGGCUCUAUCGGACUGGGGGCGCCUAUGGGUCGGGGGAGCCAGAACUGCUGCUGCAGGGGGCUGAUACUGUGAACCCUAUCGUGCAGCAGGCCGGGGGGGUUGGGAAGGGAACCUUGUGGUAUGCCAGUGUAGGGUUUGGGGGAUUGGCUCAGCUUCGAGGGGGUGAGAGAAUCUAUGUUAAUGUAAGUCAUCCUGGCAUGGUGGACUUCAGGAGGGGGAAGACAUUCUUUGGGGCUGUAAUGGUGGGAUGAGGGAUGCUUACCUCCUAAGGGAAAUGCUCACUGGCCUAUGAGUCAGUGACUUGAUGGGAGACAAGGGGAGUUGGGUUUGUGCAGAUAAAGGGUCCCUGGAGGAAGUGAAGGGCAAAUGGCCAGAUAGUGGUCAUAGUUGGGGAAGGAACAGAUGGGGGUGGCAAUCCAGGGAAGGAAGGAGAGAGGGCCAGAUGGUAAGAAAAUAAUAAACAAAAAAUAACCAAAAUGGACAGUGCCUCCUCUGCUGUCUUUGCUCUCUGUCUCCUGUGUUCCUCAU